CAAACUUCAAGUUCGAAGAGCAAAAGGAAAGUUGAACACGCGUCCAAGCCGGGGCUCGAGCAUCAGGACGUCACAACAGUCUGCGAAUAUGGCGUAAGGACUCAGCUAAGAAUUCCUUCUGGUGAUUCGAUUCGUAAGGCAUGGCCGCCACCUCGCUAUCCUUUCGCAUGUGCGAACCAGCCCUUGGUAUCAGCAAUUCAAUUCAUUUUGGAGAGCACCGGCGAAAGUGCUCCAAUCUAGGAUCAGUACCUCCCGUGGCGCACCACCAAAGGGAAUGCUGUUUGCGACAAGAUAUCGUAAAUGCGCAACUUUUUAGAGGGGAAAGGAAAGCAAGAAGCAGAAACUUGGGUGUUCCUGGUCACAGAAACUUCUUUCAACGCGCACUUAUCAGACCACCACCAAGCAGAAGAAUAGGAGAUGGGCACCCAAAGCGAGCGUUGGACCGGCGAAAGUCGAUUCGCGUUCAGGCCACAGACGAUGGUGCUGGGGAAGUAGAAGAGACAUCAGAUGACAAAAAGUGGUGGAAUCCGUUCAGUUUGUUUCGGGGAAAGGAGUCACCAGCAUCUUCACACGACAGCAGCUUAGACCUCGAUGGGGAGUUGCCCGCCCCCAGCACCGAAACGCCAAAAGAUGCUACGCGCAGCUAUCAGCCUCUUGGCACAAGAAACGGACAAGGUGCGGGUGCAAAGAACAAUACAAAGGGCCCUCCGAUGCCCCAGAAACGCAUUCGGGACAUGAAAGUGAUUGAGAAGGACGGACGCAAAAUUGUGAUGAUUGGCAAAGUGGGGACCAGUCAGAACCCGCUGAGGUCACCUCGGCGACAAGACGGCAGUCGGGAAAGCGCCCCAGAAGAAAGUGAAGAAGAAAAGGAUGUGGCAGCCAACCAGGAAGCUGGAGGAGAAGCUUUCCAAGAUGAGACGGUGCCUGUUCCGGAUACGGCACCGGCACCGUCCCCAACCUUAGGAGAGGCAGAGGGCCUUUUUGCUCGACUUCGCGCCACCCCCAAAGACCUCGCCACUGCUCAGGCCAAGUACGACCAACUCGUCCAAGACCCUCUGGUGGGACUAGAGCUCGUGCGCUCCGCUCGCCGCUACCUCCUUAGUCUGCAGCGGCGAUCCCGCCCUUACGGCUGGCUCUACGCCCCACUUGCAAUGGCGCCCAUGGGGGCCCUGUACCCGGUUGCCGUUACUCUAGCUUUACAGGCAAUGGUUACCGCUUAUCCGGUGGGGUUAGCGGCGCUUCUGGCGCUAGACGUGGGCGUGGUGGUGCUGCUGGACGCCGUGAUCACGCUGAUGGGAAAGGGGGCGCCGCACCUUUGGCUGCCAGGCGGGGAGUCUCCCUGGACUAAACCCUGGCUCUCCGACGGUCAUCCUGCGGGCUUCCAGCUGUGGGUUAGGCUAACCCUGGUGGUCGGAUUUAUGCUACCAAGCAUUGCACUCGGUGCCAGCUACCUGAUCGGGGCGGCCAACUGGGGCCUCGCGCUCCUACUACCUUACCUCUUCGUGCUAGCGCUGCAAACAGUUUUCGAGCAGUCGCUUCUCACACGCAAGUCCGCCCUGUGGCCCCUAGUCGUUCUUCUCUUUACGCUGUACCGAAACGUCCAGAUCGGCCGAGCAAGGGACAUGGUGACUGAGCUAGCCCCCUUCGUAGCUAGCCAGGCUCCAAAGUUUCUCGUAGCAGUGGUAGAGGUCCUGUCUGUGCUGUGGACUUUCAACACGGCUGUCGUGAUCACGCAGCUACCGUGGUAUUACCUGCGGUGGGGGCAGUCCUCCGAGAACGGAGAGCCUACAUGAUAGUAAGCCUCUUCAAGGACUUGGAAGACGCACGCGCUCACUUAUGUGAAGACAGGCUGGAAGGACUUUAAGACACGAAAUGCUGGCUGGUCGUCCUUACAUCGGUUCCUAUGCAGGUACCAUGAUAAAAGAGCUUCAGCUGCCCUCUGAGGCACGGACUGUACAGCACACCUUGACAUGGAUUGAAGAUACACGUAAUUCUCAGUCCGUUCCAGGCAC